GAUCCGCCUGUCAUCUUUCGGUAUGGGGAACACAAACAUGGAGAGCGUGCAGAAAAUGGUGUUUGCUGCUAAGGAGUGGUGGAAGGUCUUCUUCUGCGGACGCACUGGUCCAGCUUUCCAACGUCCGAGCGCACCGCCUGCUCCUUUCAUCGAUCCUUGCUAGCAAAACACAGAGUUGCAACCCAAAAAUGCAGUUGCUUGUCGAGAUUCUCGACCGAGGUGCACACCAUCUAUGUCCAAUGUGCUCGCUCAUACCAGGCACGUUAUUGACUCAGAAACCUUCUGGCGCAAAACCCAAGCCAGGUCCCUUAAAGCAUUAGUAAUCAUCGCAGGAAAGGCGACCACAUGACGGAUCACUAUUCAGAAUAGCAAAACAAAUUUGAAGAUCGAUAAUCGGUAAGAACCGUCAUUUUCGACUACCUCGACUUUCGCUGUCCUACGUCAGUACAUGUUUGUAGUGUUCAGUCGUCUGGUAACCACGCAAGAAUGCCUCCCAUUGACAUUCCCGAGUCUGACCAGACUAUUGAAGUAUUUGCCAUCGACAAUGGUACUACCCUAGAUGUUCCAGCAGGUACCUUCAUCAAACCUGUAUACAAAGGAUCCGAGCGGUUUCAUUAUCCAGCCUUCGUCUACCUGCUAAAGCACUCCUCCGGAAACGUCCUAUUUGAUCUGGGUAUCCGCAAGGAUUGGACAAAUCUUCCGCCGCACAAAGUCGAGGGUGCGCAGAAAAAUGGAUGGAACAUCACUACAGGAGAAAACAUUGCCGAUAUACUGGCGGAGCACGGAGUCGCCAUCAAGGCUGUAGUUUGGAGUCAUCCUCAUCUCGACCAUGUGGGAGAUAUGUCGACCUUCUCCAAAGACACAACACUCGUGACCGGCAGAAGCUUCAAGACUGAUUUCAUGCCUGGUUACCCGCACAACCCUAGCUCAGGCUUCUGGGACAGCGAUGUGAACGGACGGCCAGUACAUUCAAUCGACUUCGAAGAUGGCCUGAAGAUUGGCAAUUUUGAUGCCCAUGACUACUUUGGUGACGGUAGCCUCUACCUACUCGAUACUCCUGGCCACAUGAAGAGCCACAUGUGCGGACUCGCGAGGGUGUUGUCCGAACCCUCGAGGUUCGUCUUCAUGGGCGGCGAUAUUGCCCAUCAUGCAGGACAACUUCGACCUUCCAAGUAUCGACCUCUGUCUACGAUCAGGCCACAACUUCGAGUAGUGGACUUGGAAAGCGCUAAUGGAGCAAUUCAGCAGAUUGCGGAGGAUGAGUCGAGAACGCCUUUCUACCGACCUUCUCCUGGCGUUCAUCACGACGUAGAAGCUUUGGAAACAUCACUUGAUGCCGUGCGAAGAUUUGAUGCGGAUGAUAGGGUAAUGAUUUUGCUAGCUCACGACGAAUCACUCCGGCAAAGAUUGGAUUUCUUUCCGAACAGCCUUAGCAAGUGUUUCGACAAAGCCACCCACGACGAGAUCAGAUGGGGCUUCCUUGAAGACUUUCAGAAGAAGGCUUGAGACAACCCAACAUUUUUUAAAUAGUCAACUUGUUCAUUCAAAACGUCAUCACCCGUAGCGCGCUCGCACAAUGUUUCAGAUGUUGCGAUGUUUC